GUCAAACCCAACAUGUCCUGAUCCCCCGACCGCGCGCGUGUCUGUGAUCCUUGAAAUAAACAGACCUAUUCCACCCCUAUUCCCACUCGAACCGACCCGUCGCCACGCUGAUGGAAGAAGGAACCGGCCCUCUGCCAUCCGAGCCCCCUCCGCUCCCUUAUUCGCUGCACACGCGAAAGAAGGCCAUCGCGAUCUUCUGGACCAUUUUUGUCGUCGAUACUCUGGGCCAGCCCCUGAUCCUGUACUGGGUGCUAUGGUAUUGCACCGAUCUAUCGCAUAACUUGGUCUUUUCGAUCGUGACGGCGUGCUUGGGGGGUGUCUCAGUCUUUGAAUACUUCUUCCGUCUACACAACCUCUUCCGCAAAAAUUCUCGCGCCCGGCCAUUGAAUGCAAGGAAAUCAUGGCUGGACUUUUUCCACAUCAACUUUACUAUCGUCUGGCUCAUUCUGGCCGUCGAGCUCAUUGUUGGAACGGUUCCUGCAGAGCCCUAUGUACGCCUCGUCGCUAUGGUCCUCCCGACCGUCAUGUUCUACUUCGGCAUCGUCCAUCUCUCCCUCGACAUUCUGCGCAUGGCCAGCUUCAAAGCGCCCUUCCGAAUAUCCUCAACACCCAAAGGCUCCGUCAUGCCGACCGCGCUGUAUGCGCUCAUCGAAGAUGUAGUCGCAGUCGACGGUGGAGGCGGUCAGAUCUACCGGUACGCGCUGCGCACACGAUACCUGUCCAGCCCCUACUUCCGGCGGAUGCUCUUCGAGAUGAACUGCUUCUGGAGUGGAGGAUCGAUCAUUUUCGCCGCUGCCAUUACGGUCGUGAUUUUUACCGUCUCGGAGCCGGUGGCCUUUACGCUCGGCUGGACUCUCCCUUUCGCCUGGGCCGGUGUCUGGACGUUGAUCACCAUCCCUUGGGUCCAGAGUGAUCUUCGCCGUGAGAAGGAGGCCUGGGCUGAGAACCGCGGCCAGGGCGGUAUUCUCUGGGUUGACGAUAUUUCUGCGCCCACUGCUCGCACCCGUUUUGCGUCCGUACAAGAACGCUUUAUGCCAUGGGGGGGUCGCGACAAACAGAGCGCAGCGUCCUCUCCCUCCGUCAAUGGCUCGGAUGGCCCCUCGCACUGCCCUGAUGCGGCCAACGGCGUUACCAACAAUGUUUCUCAGAACGUCGAGAACAUGCCCGAUGGUGUUGACGGCGACCACAAAGAAAAGACAGAGGAGACCGGCGACUUGGAAGCCAAGUAG